CAAUCAAAUUGGGGUGACCAAACCAGAAACAUAAACACAUGGAUCAAAGAAAGAAAGUUUUGAUCAAAUCAAUCUCUACUUUGCUGAUCAUUCUUCUCUGUGCAGCAAAUAUAACAGAAUCAGAGCCUACAAACCCUAGCAAGAAGCAAUUUGUACUGGUUCAUGGUUCCUGCUUUGGUGCUUGGUCAUGGUACAAGCUUGUGACCUUAAUGAAGUCAUCUGGUCACAAUGUCACUGCCCUAGACCUAGCUGCUUCUGGGGUUGACCCUCAGCAGGCAAAAGAUCUGCAUUCAAUUUCUGACUACUUCAAGCCCUUGACGGAUUUCAUGGCAGCUCUUGAUCCUCCACAUGAUAAGGUCAUCCUUGUUGGUCACAGUCUCGGUGGGUUGGCCAUUUCUUAUGCCAUGGAAAGAUUUCCAGAUAAGAUAUCUCUAGCUGUUUUCGUCACUGCCUUAAUGCCUGGCCCGACCCUCAACAUCUCCAGUCUUAAUCAAGGGUCGUUCGGAAGACAAGGAUCUCUAUUAGACAGCAAAUACACAUAUGAACAAGGCCCAAGCAAUACUCCAACCACUCUCAUAUUCGGCCCAUUGUUCUUGGCAACAAAGGUGUACCAACUCAGCCCAAUUGAGGAUGUAGCACUAGGCACCAUGUUAAUGAGACCUCAACGCUUGUUUAGUGAAGAGGACAUGUCCAAAGAACUCAAGCUAACCCAUGAGAAAUACGGGUCGGUCAAUCGGGUUUACGUCUUAUCGGGUGGAGAUUUGGUGGGGAAGAAGGAUUUUCAACGGUGGAUGAUUAAGAGGAACAGGCCAAACAGUGCGGUGGAAAUAACAGGAUCUGAUCACAUGGUCAUGAUUUCUAAGCCAUUAGAGCUGUGGGUGCAUAUCCAAAGAAUUUCUGAAAAAUAUUCUUAAUUGUUAAGUUAUUUUGUAAAAAUAAAAGCCAUGGAAAUUGGAUUUCCUAUUAGCCUAAUAUGCAUCAUGUACUUGUUGUCUUCUGGAUAUCCAACCAGAAGCAUCAUUUGUCUGGAAUCAAAAAUUUAGAUACAUCCAAAGAUAUUUAAUUUCGAAAUUAAAUAAUUUA